AAGAAUAUUUUAUUCAGAACGAUAGUUGAUAGUUUUUAAAUAGUAAUUUUUGCUAAUACGUUGUUAAUACGUUAUUAAAUACUCACCUGUCUCACUUUGCCUACACCUUAACUCAAUAGCACGGUUCCUUUAAAAUCAAAAAAGUAUAUAUUUUAUUAUAACCUGCUGUCAAUCCUAAGAGAUGGAAUCUGUGGACAAAGUGAUGGUUUAUUGGUUUAAACUUGCUUGGUUCAUUUUAUUGUAGAAGACAACAGGGAAGACUCGAUGGAAUUUAACUUAUGAUGCCAUAUGUCGAAUUUUGGAGCCAAGGGUAAAAGAAAAGCUCCCCCAUCACAUGGUUGCAUUUAAACUACGUUGUUUCAAACCAGUGGAGUUUGAGGUAUUGAAAGAAUACAAGCAGUUUAUGAAACCUACUGCUGAUGCUCUAGACAAACUGCAAAGGAAUAAUAAUUGUUUCCUGGGAUUCCUGAUGCCAACGGUUCAGCAAGUUCGAAAGAAACUUGUGUUGCUUGUUCUAAAAACUAUUUACAGUGGAAGUUAAAUUGAGGGAUUGAUUUCAAAUGUUGAUCAGUAGUUUCCACAUUUGUUUGAGUAUAAUAGUUCAUCCAAAAUAUAUGCGAUUGCAGCUGCAUGUCAUCCUCAUCUGAAACUGCACUGAGUUCCAAAGGAACCCAGUGCAGUGCACAAGAAACUGAGUUAAAAAAGUCUUUAUAAAAGAGGCACAAAAAUCAGUUAAGCUGAAAGCUCUGCAGGUGCUGACAAAUCAUUGACGUCUGGAACUGAUGAUUUUUUUGAAUCCAAAUCACUAAAUCUGCAUACACACUAGUCAGUCAACAGUUACUAUCGAAUGUUUACAAUAUUCAAUUGAAAAAAAAACAAAUGGCUAAAAGAAAAAUAGCGCUUGGUGGCUCACUUUUUUGGGAUAUAGUUGACGAGGAUGGUCGUGAAAUUAUAAUAGAAUGGUCUGAAAAACGAAAAGCUAAGAUUAUAAACAAACCUUUUUACUAUCGCGAUUUUUUAUUAUACACCUUCACUUUAAACACAAUUAAAAGUUUUUUUCAAAAUUUUAACUUCAUGGUGUUUGUUCAAAUGGCCAUUGCUGCGGUUGCAGUGUUUGUGUCAAAAUACUUUGAUUUAGAAAUCGAUGUAAAUGUUAAUUUGUUUGUCUCUCCUAUAGUUUUUCCAUUGGCAUUUUCUAUAAACACUGAUUUUCUUAGACGUGAAAAAGUAUUAGAAGACUUGGCAAACUUCAAAGCCGCAGGAAUGUCUUGGUAUUUUUGUAUGCGUGAUUGGAGAGUUGAGUCACAACUGGACACAUUUUGGAUAAAAGCAGUUCACAAAAAGCUAAAAAGUAUGUUGUUUUAUAUGAGAGAAUACCUAUUAACAGAAAAAUCUAGUCGUCGGCAGGUUAUUUUGAAAGCUAUGUAUGAGGACUUUAGUGAUGCUAAUCAACUUAUCGACUGCGUACGAACAAGUAAGUUGCCAUUAAACUCAGCACUUGUAACAAGAGCUUUAAUUCUUUUAAAUACGAUGUGUUUGGCUUUUGAACGUUUAAGAGUGAUACGUGAAUAUCGUUCUCCACGAUCUAUUCGCGCUUUUAACAAGGUUCUUAUUUUUUUUCUUCCAAUUAUUCUUUCGCCUUAUUGUGUAUCUGUUGGACGAAAAAAAAGUAACGAAUGGUCUCCAUAUUAUAUAUCCGUGUUAGUAGCUUUUGUCUUUUCUGCCCUUCAGGGUGUUCAAGACAAACUCGAUAACCCAUUUGACGGCAUGAGUGAAGAUGAUAUAAACCUUUCUUCAAUUGACGAUUGGACAUGUCAGUCUUUAGAAGCUACGGCCAAUCGAUCAUUUACAAUUGGAAGAUUCAAGGUUGAACCACAAAGAACUAUUGAAGGAACAAAAGGCUCAUACAUGUCAUCUACAAAGUUACCGACAGCAAACGAUCAAAAUCAAGGUUAUGAAAAGCUAUCUAAAAGUGUCUCAUUUAAACGUUCAAGUAUGAAGCGUAGAAGUACUUUAAAGAAAAUUUCAAAUCAAGUCUCUCUUCAUUUUCAAGAAACAAGCACCGAACCGUUUCACCCUGAGUUGCAUCCUUAUGCAGAUGUUUUAGAUAAAAUACAAGGCGAUACCACAAUUUUGAGAGGAGGAGUUAUCAAACCUUUAAGACAAUCGACUGAGUUUUUAAAUGAAUCUAAAUACGAAUCUAAUGAGUCAAUAACAACAAAACUUUGAUCUUUAAACGGACAUUAAAUAUAAAAUGUAUUGAUAAAAAAAAGAUAUACGUUAAAAAUACCUUUCAAAUACAUUGCUGAAAAUCUGAAAAUCAUAUUUGAAAGUAUUACUUAUUGAAAGUUUACAAAAACAACAGGAAGAAAAUCAAAAGUUUGUAUGGUUAUCAAAAUAUUUGUUUAAUUUUGCUAAAAUCGUAAUAUAUAAAACAUAAAUUUAUUCUUUA